UUUUUCACAGACCCCUGUGCCAGCAGCCCCUGUCUCCAUGGUAACUGCAGCCGGAGCGGCGACGGCAGGGAGGAGGGGGAAUCGGCGUAUUUGUGCGAGUGCACCGAGGGCUACGAGGGAGAGAGGUGCGAUCAGAUCCUGUUAGACCUGCCGCCCGCCGACUGGGACCCCGUCACCCCUUCCGCUCCCGAACCGGCCACCCCGGUAACUUCCACGACGACAGCUGCUGCUCAGCCACUGCGACCAACCACAGUCCCAAGCACCACCACCACUCCUGCACCGCCGACCCUGCAGACAUGGCAACCCAAACCAGGGCAGAGGCUCCUGGUUGUGCCGUGGGAGGCAGACAGAGUGAUGGAGGGUCUGCACUGUGUGAGCCCUGAGCUGUGUGAGCUGACAUCAGGGACCCUCACUCUGUCCGUGGAGGUGCCUGAAGAGACCGCUGUGAAGGUGGUGGUGAACACCAGCGGUGCUCCGGUGCUGUGGCGUGUGAGUGAGGACGGUUUCCUGCGCUCCUCCAUUCUGAACGGGACCACCAUGUGGUUCCUGCAGGCCCCCGACGGACUGGUGGUGUCGGACAAGCUGCUGCCUCUGGGACAGAACUACUUCCUCAGUGUGAUGCGUGUGGGCGCCCCCACAGCCCCGGAGGUCACCCUGCGCCUCAACCUGACGGUGAAGGCCAGCAGCUGCGUGGAGCCCGGCAGCAGCUUCAGUGACCCUCAGUGUUCCGGGAAAGGGAAAUGUGUCACGCAGCCCUCAGAGAGCACCUUCUUCUGUGAGUGCAAGGAUGGCUUCACUGGGAUCUUCUGCGAGGAGUUCGACGCCUGCCACCGCAGACCCUGCCGCAACAAUGGCACCUGCGCUGACGUCAGGCAAGGAGGAGAGGGGAAAAACUUCACGUGCGCCUGCCAGCCAGGUUAUGAGGGCGAACGCUGCCAGCUUCURGUGGACCACUGCCUCUCUGAGCCCUGCAGACAUGGAGCCACCUGUUUCAGCAGCCUGGCAGGGCCCAGGUGCUACUGUCCCGAAGGCUACCAGGGUGCUUCAUGUGAACAGAAGGUUGACCCCUGCACCUCCAGCCCCUGUCACAACAACGGUACCUGCUACGCUCAGGGCCCCGGGCCCCUAGGGUUCGCCUGCAGCUGCACCGCAGGCUUCACAGGACCCACGUGCGCCCAGCUGGUGGACUUCUGUGCUCUGAACCCCUGCGCCCACGGGGUCUGCCGCAGCGUGGGCAACAGCUACAGGUGUCUUUGUGUCCCAGGCUACCAUGGGCUGUACUGUGAGGAAGAGCACAACGAGUGCCUGUCUGCUCCCUGCCAGAACUACGCCACCUGCAGGGAUCUCAUUAACGCCUAUGAGUGUGUCUGCACGGCGCACUUUGAAGGAAGGCACUGUGAAAUCUACAAGAAUCCAUGUUUGAAGGUGCGCUGCCAGAACGGAGGCCGCUGUGAGAGUGUGGGACUUAACGCUUCCUGUGCCUGCCCGUCUGGAUACCAAGGGGAGAGGUGCGAGGUCGACAUCAACGAGUGCGAGAGCGACCCCUGUCACCAYGGUGCCACCUGCAUCGACCAAUCAAACGGCUACACCUGCCACUGUCCAAAUGGGUGGGUGGGCCCCAGCUGUGAAAUCCACCUGCAGUGGAAGCCUGCACACUCUGAGGACGCCCUGACCAACAUGCCCCGGCACUCCCUCUACAUCAUCAUCGGAGCUCUGUGCGUGGCGUUUGUCCUCAUGCUCAUCAUCCUCAUCGUAGGCAUCUGCCGCAUCAGCCGCAUCGAGUACCAGGGAUCGUCACGCCACGCCUACCAGGAGUUCUACAACUGCCGCAGCAUCGACAGCGAGUUCAGCAAUGCCAUUGCAUCCAUCCGCCAUGCCAGAUUUGGGAAGAAGUCUCGGCCCGCCAUGUAUGAYGCCACUCCCAUCGCCUAUGAGGACUACAGUCCAGAAGACAAGCCUUUGGUUACCCUCAUCAAGACGAAGGAUUUGUAAAAUACGGCCAUCUCUAACUGUCACAAGCUGGAAACACAUAUGCAUUCACAGACACAUACUGUACAUACAUACAUACAUACAUGCAGGGUUGCCAGAUAAGAAAUGGCGGAAUAUUGUUUAUGCCCCUUUAAAUUGAUUGUAUUUUGAAUAAAACUAUCAUAUGUGCUGAGGGAAGGUGCGCWUUUCAGCCGAGAUGUGGUUUUGAAUGCCUGGUGAGCACACGGUCUGACGGKUCGGAUUACACGACAAUAAAUAGGUGUUCACAUGAAUGAAAACAAGUUUCGUUUAGCGAACAGAAAUGCCAAAACUAUUGUACAUUUGAGCUUUUUAACAACUAUUUGUCAUACAUUGUAUGGACCCUAAAGCUAUCACAUAAGUUACUGUGUCUAGCAACACUGCAUUAUAUCAUUAUAAAAAACACAAGUUUUUCCUAUGAGGGAGGAAAAAAACUGCAAAUUUAACUGAAUGUAAAGUGUGAUCAAACAUAUUGUAGUUCARUAGAGACAAAYCUGAAUUUUAUUACAUGUAUUUUCCUGUAAAGUCAACAACAAGGCUUUACUGUAGCAUAAGAACAUUACAGAUGAAGGCCGACACUACAAAUAAUCUCCGCUGUAUGGAGUAGAUGGCUUUAAUCUGGACCAGMUUGUCUGUCUGUAGGUGAGGUCAAAACAUCCCAGAUCGCUCUGACAAAAGCCCUCAGAGGUGUAGUAGAAUUAGACACACCUCACACGGUCACAUCCACCCAAUCUGUUUCUGUAUUAAAACCCCAUCACCAUAUGCGGUAGGUUGCCUUACUUUGUGCAUGGUUAGAYUUGAUGUUCCUCUUCGCAAUAUUCUAAAUACUCGUUGGUUGUUUUUAUUUUUCAGUGCAGACGUGUGUUCCUCUCCGUCGAGAUCGUGACAAAUGUUUUCUUUGAYGUGGUUAGCAGAUAACACACAUACAAGUAUAAAAUGUUAGUCACGUUAACUUUUUUCUCAUUAUUUUUCUUUAUUUAUUUUAAAUAAUUACCUUGUUUCUUAAAUACUACCGUGCGUGGUGUAAGAAUAGUAAAGAAGGUGGGUCUGCUGGAGCUUCGGAGACCCUAUCAGAAAACCUCCUGUGUGUAUUUCAGUGACAUUUAGGAGAMUAGGUAGAUACAUCUCUCACUUUCACUAAUAAUAUUAAUAGUAAUAAUAAAAGUUGGUUUCACUAGUGUACCUGUCAGUGUACAAUGUCACCUCUGCAACUGACAGUGUUUUGGAGUUUCUGGGUGGCGCCUUCAAAGCCACAGAGUUUGCGAAGAAAGGAAGAGGAGACUGACAAUGAGGAUAUUUAUUCCAGAAUAUUCUGUCUGUGCUUCUGUGUUCUGCCAGUGGAAAACUUUCUGUCUGUGCAGCUUUAUGUCRACUCAACUCAAGGUCGAGCAAAGUCUCACCAACGGGCUCCGCUAAUCGUUUCAUUUUUUGUUUUUCCUCUUCCUCUCUGAGUUUUAAAUGCAGCAGCAACAUGAUUACCUAUUAUCUAUGUUGAAUUAUAUAAACAAUAAAGAUUUAAGUGAACGUAAUCUGA